AUGCGCGAUCAGCCGUCUCAAGAGUGGGUAGUCAAAGAGCAAAUGCAGAUUAGUCAAGUAAAGUUCCGAUUCAAGGAAAAGAGCCCACCCAGCCAAACUACAAGUGAUCUAGCAGGCAUCAUGCAGGAACUUUAUGAUCACAGGAUGUUGCUCAGUGGGCCAGCCACUAUCAAGAACGAAGCUAUGUCUUAUCUCCGACUGGACAACUUUAGAAUGACGAUUGUGAGUCAAGAUUUCCCAGACAGUUGGAACCAAAAAGAAAAGUGGUAUGGCACAGAGUACAAAGUCGAGAAGAUACCAGAAGACUUCCUUGCUGGGAUGAGAGAAGCAUUCGAGAGCAAGAGCCGGCCGGCAGAGUUGCAUCUCUCACACAAGAACGAGUUCAUUCCGACCCGACCGGAAGUGGAGAAGAAGGACAUUGAAUAG